UUUGUCGGCCAAGGAAGGUUUCACGGGAAAAAUUUCUGCCUUUGCCUUCCAUUGCUCUCAAGUUUCAAAUUUUCCUUGCGCUUUACGCUUUUCACGUCCAUUAGAUCAUAUAUCAUGCUUGAACAAUUCUUGUAAGCUUGCUGCUCUUGCAACUAAGGUAGUGUUUUGGAUGCGUGUUUUGUGGAUGCAAUGUUUUUGUUGAAGAUGUGGUAAUGGUAGAAUAUGAUAGUGAUGUUCCUGGCAUACCAUAAAAUUGAUUAGCAGCAGCGCUUUCGGCAAAGAAAUUUGGAAAUAUUGUGUUUAUCUCCUGUCAUUUUCGUCUACGUGGCCAAACGAAAAGAAAUUGUGCAUUGUAUAGUCAAAUCAAUACACCACGUCCAAAGUUCACGAUUACUCAGUAUCCGGUAACGGCAUGAUAAGAGCAAGAAACGCAGCAUUAUCUCGUUUGUUCAAUAAUCACUAGUGAAAGAGCUGCGGUGUGUAUCAAGUGGGUUACAGCACCUUAAGUGUACAUAAUCAUGUCGAGUUCACCGGUAGAAACGUCUUCAAUCAGGGCUAAUAAUCCGGAUGCCGAUGAUGACGGAGCCGUCCUGCUGGAAGUUGAUGCGGAAAGUGAACCAGAUUUGGCACCGGAGUUAAAGCAAGGUACCGAUCAGCUGUAUUUGUUUGACACGCUAAUUGAGCUGUGCAAAAAUAAUAUCAAAUACUUUGAGGAGGACGAGACAGAGUCCGGAUUGAGGAUUCACGGUGCCUUUGUAGGACUGAUAGAUCACAUUGAAACGGCCAAGCCAUUGGUAACGGAAGUGCAAGGAUUCGUUCAUGAAUACGAUUACGAUGAGUCGAGUCCAGGGAAUGGCUUUAGAAGUUUUUUGUAUGUGAUGGAUAGUUGCGUUAAAACUACAUUGAAGCUAGCGAGGUAUGUGAUGGAAAACCGAGGAUCGCUCCUGUUUCGAAAAUCUGUCUAUGUGAAGGAAGUGGAAGCGUAUAAUCAUCUGAUGGCAAGUUUGUGUACUUGUCUCAAGCACUGUCAUACACUUCGGAAAUGGAGCAAACCUGGAGAACUUUUUCCUGAGGCACGUUCUGUCGAAGAGCUGCUCGGCAAAGCCGAAACCAUAAAUCAAUUUUGCUUCUACGGACGUUGUCUCGGGUUUCAAUUUUGUGAGUCUAUGAGACCACUGUUAAAAUUUAUCUCUAUUGGAAUGGCAGGGUUUUCCGAGGGAUACUACUCCGAAGGCGGCAGAAUCUCGAAGGCCACCAGCCUUAUGUACACCAGUACCAAAUACAUGCUAGAUCCAGAAUUACGAGCUCGCCGGAUUGUUAAUAUUUCGCAGAAUUCAAAUGUGGACUUUUGCAAAGCCUUCUGGUUUCUUGCUGAGUCCGAAUUGAUGCACUCGCUCCCAUCGUUCGUUGGAUUUAAGGUUAAAGUUAGCCGAGUUAUUACUAUUCCUCCUGAACCUAUUGCUCUUAAAGCCGAAAAAUCUGACAGAAUUAUUGAAAUUCCGGUACCAAAAAGUUAUAGCGGAGCUGGUCCGGUUAGUGCAAGACUGAUCAGUGCUGUCAAACGUAAAGGAAUGAUAGGCGAAAAAGUGAACACACGAAGCACAAUUCAUCCACCUUCGCCGGGUUUACUAUUCCAUUGCCAUGGAGGAGGGUUUGUAGCACAGAGCUCCAAAUCUCACGAGAGCUAUUUAAGAGAGUGGGCAGUACAACUUAACGUACCGAUCCUCUCGAUCGAUUAUAGUCUGGCGCCGGAAGCUCCGUUUCCUCGGGCUUUAGAGGAAGUAUUCUACGCCUAUUGCUGGGCACUCAAAAAUUGUGAACUGCUAGGAACGACUGCAGAAAAGAUUAUCUUUGCCGGUGAUUCCGCUGGAGCCAAUUUGAAUUUGGGUUGUGUCAUGAGAUGUAUAGAAAUGGGAGUGCGGCGACCGGAUGGAAUUUUUCUCGCCUAUUGUCCAGUGCUCAUCAGUUUCGUCCCUAGCCCUGCUAGAAUGUUGUGCCUGAUGGAUCCACUAUUGCCAUUCGGAUUCAUGAUGCGCUGCCUGAAAGCUUAUGCCUGUCCAAGCCGUGAAGUAUUGGAACAUAACCGUCGUCGAUUGCAGGAGCGAGAAGCAAUUGUUAAUGCUGGUAGUUCUACGGCUAACAACUCAUCGUCUUCUUACGUAUUGGUUCAGCAGAAUCGCGAGGCGGAAGAAAAAUCCGAUGCGAAAGCAGUGCUAGAUGAUGCCAGAUCAGAUCAUUCCGAAUCUCCAGAUAAUUCCGCUUGGGAUCAGCUCAAUAGCAUUAAUACUGUACAGCUCAAUAAUCAGCAUUUAAGUCCGGUAAGUGACACCAUCAGUGACACGCUGGCUUUGAAAAGUCAAACAGUUGGGAAUACCAUCGAUCUUAUGAGCCCGGAUGAAAGCAAUACCAUUACUUCGCUAGAAGAAGAUUCUCAGCCGAUCACUUUGCAGCAGGUCAAUUUGGGAACCGAACAAAGCAAUGUCACAGUCAUUGAUGAUCUCGAUAUUGAUUUACCCAGCGAUAUGAGUUCGGAGCAAAAUACCAAUAAAAACGUUUCCGACUUUAUUGAAAGGUAUGUCCUAGACACAACUACGAACGCUGCUGGCGAAUUGGAACCUAUCCUAAGACCUAUUUCUCGCACUGCAUCUGAAGAAAAUGUUGUACUGGACAUUGGAAGGGAAACACUAAGCGUCCAAAAUCUUCAAGAAAAAGUUUCAACUGUUGCCAGCAGCUUGGUUAAUCGCGUAUCGUCCACAUUCAAUGCCAUCACCAUGUCGAAACCAAUCAGCAGCAGCGACUCGUUAUCGGAGUUCCAGAGCAACUUGGACGCCCUAAUUGCUCGCAGUCCUUCGGAUGAAUUCAUCUUUGAGGUGCCGAAGGAUUCUCACCUCUCUCCAUAUUGGGCAACGGACGAGGUGCUGAGUCAAUUUCCCCCAACUAAAAUACUGACUGUGGUUUUGGAUCCAUGUCUCGAUGAUUGUGUAAUGUUUGCGAAAAGACUGAAGAAUUUGAACAAUCCAGUAUCGUUAGACAUCUUGCCGGGGCUUCCGCACGGUUUUCUUAAUUUCGCUUCGAUCUCCAAGGAAGCACAUGAAGGCUCGAAAAUGUGCGUUAAACGCAUUGCCGAGUUGCUGGAACAAUCGGACCAGCCACCCGACGACGGUGCUUCGAAAAACUGUUGUUAGCGAUUCAGUGGCUGCCUCGUCGGAUCAAAGCACUUGUUUCGCAAAGGUAGUGAGCGUAUUGCUAACGUUUAAAGCAGCUGUAGCAGUUUGUAGAUUAUACUUGUUAAAUUGAUGAUCCUAAAAUUUUGCAAAGCGUACCGAAGUUACUGUCUACUGAGACUAACAACCGAAAACUUUGUGCAAUCACGAUAGUGACUGUUUUUCAUUAUAAUAAAAACUUAGCUCUUUGUUAUCUCUUAGUAAAUAUUUACGAAACAGCAGAAAAAAGUUAAAAACUUUGAUGAUGAAUGGAAAUUUGAUUUCCCGAAAAUCAUUUGCCUUCGCUUAGGGUCCAAAUUGUUUGCAAAGAAAUAAGAUUAUCCCUGAGCUUAAUGCCUCAGCAAUUUCGAGAAACAUACAAAGCACUCAUGUAACUAGCUCAACUGCACGAUAAAACAAAAUUAGCUUUAAAACAGCGCAUGGCACUUGGCAUAUAAGCGUAACCUUCAUAUGAUUUCCCAGAAAUUCUGCUAACAAACCUGAAGUAUUUAACUUGAAACUGAAACUGAACCACUGACGCAUGAGUUGUGCUCACAAUCAAUAAUAACUGAAACUGACUCAUAGUAGAGAACUGAAGCUGACAUUAUUUUUCGUAUACUCAAGGUUGAUAUCGUUGUUAACUAAAGUGUCUGUCUGAUUGGCUGUUAUACAAUCUCGUUGUUUUAGUGUUAAAUUGAUUUGCUUUGAAUUAUAAGAAUAGAAGAGUAAAACCAAAGAUAUACAACGGUGACAACUAAAUGUUCCAUCUACUUAUUAAGUGCAAUCGUAUCGAAUUUUGAUUAUUAAUUUUCUUAAAAAUGUAUACUCUGAAUAUACGAACGACUUGUUUGGUUUGACAUAUUUACAAUCCUUCUAAUUUUCAUAUACGAACCAAAUCAUCAAAGGUUAAUGGGUGUACCUAUGAAAUGAACAUUUCAAAUAAAACUAUUGUUAAUUAAAAUGCAGCUUACAUGAUAUAUUUUCAGUGUUAAAUAGAAUUAAAUAUAUUACUGUAUAAAU